AUGGUCAAAUCCUUGGUGGCGUCGCACUUUGACAAGAGAGAGCUACAGAAAGCCAAGCCAGGACUUGGCUUUAUGAAUCAAGACCUAAUCCGCGGCAACGGAUUGGGCCUUUUCAUUCUUCUACACGGCGUCCCAGGUGUUGGCAAGACGGCAACAGCCGAGGCGGUAGCGCAAGCCAAUGGCAAGCCUUUAUUUUCUAUUACCUGUGGUGAUCUUGGUAUUACUCCAAAAGAAGUCGAAGAAGAGCUGAAUGGCAUCUUUCGGCUGGCAAAUCUCUGGGAUUGCGUGCUACUUCUCGACGAGGCAGACGUAUUCUUGGCAAGACGAGACUCUUGGAAUUUGAAGAGAAAUGCUCUUGUGUCAGUCUCUUUACGAGUUCCCGAGUAUUACAGUGGUAUCCUCUUUCUAACAACCAACCGAGUGGGUACCUUGGAUGAAGCUUUCAAGUCUCGACUCCACGUCAGUCUAUACUAUGAACUGUUGACGCUGUCCCAGGCUGAGAAGAUAUUUGAGAUCAACAUUGACAAGCUGAGAAGAUUGGAGCAAGAAAAGGAACAGAAGCUUGCAGAUACUGGUAUUAAGCAUCCGAAGCUCAUCAUCAACAAAAACAGUAUCUUAAAUUGGGCUCGGGAUUACUACAAGCAGGCCGAAGGCACAAGCGGUUCCACGCAGUGGAACGGUCGGCAAAUUAGGAAUGCUUUCCAGAUUGCCUCGUCGCUUGCGCGCUAUGAUACGGCCAAAAGAGCGUUGGAGAGAGGCAAAAUGCCCAGCCCAAUUCUCAACAAGAACCAUUUCGAAAUGGUAGCUGAUACGAUUGGGAAAUUCGAUGAAUACAUGCAGAUUGCGACUGGUAAACCAGAUUCAGAUCACGCGCGCAUUGAGGGCACUCGAGCAGAUGAGGUGAGAUUCAGCGAAUAA